GUUGUUAUUUUCACAGGUUGUUUUUACAGGCUGAUUAUCACAUAAUAAUAAGAUAAAGUGGUCACUUCUUCCCCUACACAAUAGGUACCUCUAAUAACAGUGGUUAUGUGCAUUACAGUGCAUUAAAAUGGGAAGAAAUAAAAUGAUAGCUAAAAGUUGUCCCAAGUGUGAAAUGCAGGUUGCCGUGGCAUCGAAGUCAUGUAAAUGUGGACAUACAUUUUUUGCCUCACGUCGUGGUGCUGAUCAUUUACCAGCCGUUGAGGAUACCAAAAGGAGGACUGGCCGUGUGAGACGCUCUAAAACGCAGUUCUAUGAUGCUCAGCACUAUCAGAAACAGAUAAAGAAAAGGUCCCCCAAGAAGAGAUCACUGUCGCAUUCAUUGGAUUACGAUUACAAAGGAAAAGAAAAAUCGGAAAGUGCGACGGCCUUGGCCCGUCGUAGGCGCGCGUUGCGUCGCGCCCGUCAGACCCCAGCCGGCGGCGGGGACCGUACUCGGGACCCAACUCCUCAACUGCGACCGUCCCAACUGGCCCGAUGCCAACUCAUACUGCAAGAGAUCAAUAGGAAAAUGCAAGCGGUCACAUGGCAACCGCCUCUAUAGAGAGAUAGAUAGAUUUAUUUUUAAAUAGAUAAUUAACUUAAUAGGGAUGAUGA